UUGUUUCCAAAAACCCCCCCAAAAACAAUCCAUUCUGCUUGGUGUUGAAGGUGUGUUCCUAACAUGUCUUGACUGCACUUUUGGGCGUUUCUUCUGUGUGUAUGUGUGCCUGUGUUAUUCAUUUUAACCACAGGACGCCUCGGUGCGUCCAUUGCAUCCUGGGCUUGUCUUGUCCUCCACUUUUCAUUACAGGAUGACUAACGCUGGAUUACCGUCUGCUACAACAGCAGGUUCCCGCCAGCGUUGCAACACAGGACAGGACACGACAGGACAAAACAGGACGGGACAGCUGUGGGCUUUCUUCACGGCAAGUUGUGGCAAGGCUAGACUGCACUCGUUGAACAUAACAUGAGACGCCACCAUGUCAACGUUGCCGCCAGCAGAUGUCAGUCGCGAAGAUGCUAACAACCGCAGCUUCUGGAUGCCAGGCAACUACCAGCGCACGGUGAAGCGGACCGAGGACGCCUUCCAAGCGUGCAAUGACAUCGUAGCGUGCUUCCAGGAGAGGGCGCGCGUGGAACGCCAGUAUGCCCAGCAGCUCAGCGAGUGGAGCCUCAAAUGGAAGCCCGUGGUGGACUCCACGCCUCUGUACGGGUCCCUGCUGAAGGCCUGGCGGUCGUUCCUGUCCUCCGCUGACCGCCUGGCCUCCCUGCAUGCCUCCAUCUGCCGCUCCCUGGUGAUGGAGGACGGAGAGCAGGUCAAGACCUGGCAGAAGGACGCCUUCCACAAGAAGCUCUUUGGAGGCUUCAAGGAGUCCCAGGACGCGGAGAUGGGCUUUGCCAGGGCUCAGAAGCCGUGGGCCAAACGGCUAAAGAAGCUGGACAAAGCCAGCCGUGCGUACCACAAGGCCAGCCGUAAGGAGCACGCUGCUAGGGAGCGCGAGACGCGCGCUCAAGGAAACCCGGACAUGGCCGCUGACAAGCAGAAGAAGAUCCGGGAGGACAGGGAAGUGGUCCAACAGGAGGCUGAGAAAGUCCGAGCCCGCUACGAGAAGGUUCUGGAGGAGGCCAACCGCUAUGCUCCUCGCUACAUGGAGGAGAUGGAGGCCAUCUUUGACCAGUCGCAGGAUGAAGAGCGAAAGAGGAUCGUCUUUCUCAAACAAGCCUUCCUCUCCUUUGACAAGCACCUUGACGUCACUACCAAUGAGAGCGUGAGAGAAGUGUACAGCGAGCUACACAACACAGUGACGGCUAUCGACGAGCAGGAGGACCUACGAUGGUGGAAGAACAACCAUGGACCUGGCAUGCCCACCGACUGGCCGCACUUCCAGGAAUGGACGCCUGAGAAGAAAAGCAAAAAAGGGAAGAAGGAAGUUGAGCAGAAAGGAACGCUAGAGAAGAACGAGGUGCUGAAGAUCAGCGGCGUGAGGGUGAGGGCGCUGUACGACUACGUGGGCCAGGAGACGGACGAGCUGUCCUUCAAAGCAGGCGAAGAGUUUGUGAAGACGGAGGAAGAGGACGACCAGGGCUGGUGUCGGGGGGUGAAGGACGGCGGCUGCGAGGGGCUGUACCCCGCUAAUUAUGUAGAGGUGGUUUAAGGAGGUGUUUUUUUUUUACGUGGGGG